AUGUGGAAAGUCACAGUGAAGGAUAGAUAUAGAGCUAUGAUGAAUGAUGCUCGCGAGAAAGCAAAGAGUACAAGUCAAUCAGAUAAUCCUACUGAUUGGAAAGGACAUGGCCCACAUUGGAUAAGAGCAAAGCAUUGUGAUAGUCUUGUAAAUUAUUGGAAUACUGAAAAUUGGAAAAAAAAAUGCGAAGUUGCCAAGAAAAAUCGUCUUGCACAAGGACAAGAUGGUGAAAGGAAAAAGCAUAUUGUUGGAUAUGAUCGUCCAAUAUCCCAAUUAGAGUUUUUUAGUCAUGUUCACAGGAAGAAUCACAGACUUGGCGAUUUUGUUGAUAAAAAAUCCAAGCGAGUUCAUGAUACUUAUAAGACUGCAAUCGAGUCCAAGUAUGGUACUGUUAGGAAUAAUCAACCUGAGUUCGAUCUUGAUUCAUGGAUUGAUGCUGUCAACGGUCCAUCUAAAGGUCGUGUUUAUUGGUUUUGCCCUAGACAACUUGUUUCACCUGUUCUUGGUAUACCUACUUCACCUAGACAUUCAAUACUUGCACAUGAUGAAAAGAUGAAUAAUUUGAAGUCAGAACUAGCAAUUGCACAAAAUACAAUAGAUGAGAACAGCAAAAGGAUUGAUGAUCUUACCGUACGUCUUGAACGAGUUGAAAGAAAUCAAAAGAUUAAGAUGCGAAAAAUAGUGUGAAGCAUGCUCAGGGAACUAAAUAUUCCUAAUUUUCAAUUUCCUUCUAGCUCGGGAUUACAAAAUGAUGAUAUGUGAGACAUGAUAUAUGAAAUUUGGAAUUUCGAUGUAAUAAUUUAAUCUAUUAAAGCUUUAGUGUAUUUUGAAUAAUUU